AGUGGCAGCAGUCGGUCGGUUAGGUAGGACGGCGGAAGGUCGCGGCGCGUCACGGCGUGUUUCAACUCGUAUCCUCGUCGUCCCGUAUGAGUUUAUUGGAGUUUAUGUCACAAGCGAGUUUUUCGAGAGUACCAUGGAGUGUCGAGAGUGAAGUGGUGUCGGGCCGUUGGUAUUCGGGCUAACAUCCGUCCCGUCGUGUCGACCUGUGUCGGAUACGAUGCAUGGAACGAAGUUGUGACAUGGUUCAACCGUGUUUCGCAUUUUCUCCAUUGCCUCGUAUCCCGAGUUUUUAACGCGCAUAAGUACCGAGAGUGUUUUGAAAGUGCCCGAAACGAAGGGUCGCGUGUUCGUGCCAAGCGCGAAUUGAGACAAAUUGUCGUGAAGAGGACUUGGAUCUCUAACGUAUGCAUAUGUUCGACUUCUGUGGCCGAGACGGAGCUGAACGGAGCGACGAACGUCAUUUGCAGAUAUAAUAAAUCAUGGAGCACUCUCACGAUCACAAAACAUGUUGUGAGUCAGGCGUUCCACGGUACAAUGUCUGUCAGACUAUAGACGAAAUUAGUUUCGAGCGCGGGAUUUGGACAGCAGCGCUGGAAGGCGAUGUGGAUCGUGUCAAUAGGCUGCUGCAGAAGGGCGUCUUUGUCGACACGCCGGACUCCGCCGGCUACACGGCGCUGCAUUAUGCAACGCGGAGCGGGCACAUCCGCGUGUGCGAGAUUCUGCUGGAGCACGGUGCGAAGGUGGAUUCGCGCACCCGCAGCAUGAGAGCGACGCCUCUGCACCGCGCAGCCUGCAUGGACCGCGUCGAAGUCGUCGAUUUAUUGCUGCGUUACGGCGCGUCGCCCAACCUGACAGACGCGGACGGUAGAACGGCCCUGCACCGGGCGAUCCCAAUGGUGGCCGGCUCCGUCGGCGGUGUCGAGGUCAUUAGAAAACUACUACCGAUCACCGACCGCACCGUCAAAGACAAACACGGGCACACCGUCGAUGAUGUGUUCGAACGCUGGAAAGCUACAGAGAGUGAUGUCGAAAGGGUAGAGGUAGUGAAGAGAUUGUUUUACGCGUAGUGAGAAUCGGUGAAAAAUUUGUGAAAGUACAUUGACACCAAAGAUUAAACUUGGGCACGUGAUUUGCAGUCUCCUCUUACAAAUAAUUUUUCAAAUGUUACCAACUUUUUCCGUUAUUUGAAUUUUGAUUUAAGAUAUCAAAGUGUGAUUUUUUAUGCGAUAAAUAAUUGUUUCAUAUUAAGCGCAAUGCUUAUAUACGGUGUCUUUUUUUUUAUAUAAAUAAAAUGUAGGAACGACGUAUUUCCCUAACGAAUGUUUUGAAUAAAAGUUAUUUGAUUUCAAAAGAAGUGUGAAACAUGUGUUGGUUCUGAAGCAUUUUAUUCCAUUAUAAAAAUGAAAUAUUGCGUAUAAGCGUUACAAUUAAUAAUCAGUAAUUAUUUUUCGUUAGCUUGAAACAAAAUCCAAAAAAGAAAAAGAAAGAAGUAUGUGUAACAGUUGAGAAAAAGUUACUUGUUAGAAGCAAGAUAAAGAAUACUGUAAGUGUACACAUAAUUGUAAUGUAUUAAAAAAUUUGUAAUUUUUUUAUUCACUUACAAACAAAAGUGAAUCUCUAUAGGUAAUAAGUGAAAGAAAGAUUGAGUUUUUGUGAAAAGAUUUCUCGACGUUCAAGAAGUAGAAUAAAAAAAUCUUUAUAAUUAUUGGAAGCAGAAUCGCGUUUAUAAAAUUUAUAUUUAAAGACGUGAUCUUAAAUAAAUCCUAAUGUAAUCCA